AUGAGUUUUCAAGAAACAAACGUUUUUUCUACAAUGGAUGAUUAUGAUCCUUCCAAUAUCAUUGACAAUGAUACAAUUAUGAACAAUAAUGAACUUUUCAUAGAUAAUAAUAAUAAUAACCCUAAUAAUAAUAACGACAACAAUAACGUUGAUACUACGUAUAGUGUUUAUGAUGUUUAUGAUGCUUACAAUCCUGGUCUUUCAAAUACUGCUCCUGUAACAGACAAAUUAGAUUUACAAAAUACUCAACUAAUUGAUCGAAAUACUGUUACUACUGUUGACACUGACAAUAUGCCUACUGUAGAUGAUACGCGAAAGGAUAAUGAUGAACUUGGAAAUAUAAAUAUGAAUAUAGAUGCUGUAUCCGAUUCAUCUAAUAAACUACAAACUAAUUCAAUAAAAGACUAUACUACACAUUCUUCUAUUCCAUUAAACAACACUUCCAUCGACGAAUCUUCAUUAUCCGUUUCCAAAACUUCUAUGGACUCAAAUAAUAUAAACAACGAGAGUAUAGAACAAGGUAAUGGAAUUCAGGUGGAAAAUAAAAACGUACUUUCAAAUACUGAAUUAAACAAACAAACUGACACUUCAACUAAUAGCAUGAACAAUAAUGUACAAAAAGAACCAUCUACAACAGAUAAUGUUUCAAUUAUACAAAAUAUGACUAUGAACCAUACAAAUACAACAUCUAAAGAAGAACACUCUAAAAAUAAUGGUACUGAUGAUUUAAAUUCUCAAUUAAAAGAAGAAAAAAAUAUCUCUAACGAUAAUAAUAAUAAUAAUACUGACAGUAAAAAUAAUAGUGAUAAAAUGGAUAUUGAUUCUGAUAUUAAAAUUAAACAAGAGAUAACUAUAUCAGGUGACAAUAAUAAUGAUACCAAUACUACUAUAGUAGAAAUGACUAAUAAAGACAAUCAAAAUGGGGUUGAUGAAAAAGAAAAAGUUUUUGAAAAAGUAGAACAGCCACAAAAUCUUAAUAACAAUAACAAUAGCAAUGAAGAAGAAGAAGAAGAUAACGACGAUAAUGAAAAUGCUACUAACAAGUAUGUUGGUACACCAAUUCUCGAGGAGGACGACAAAAAUAAUAUAACGAACAGUCAUGAAAACAAUUUAAAUAACGGAAAUUACAGUACUGAAAAGAAUCUGGGAAUAGAAGCACAACAUAACCAGGAUAAAGCAAAUGGCAAUAACCAUGUACAUACAAUUUCAAAAUACACAACAAAUAAUUCUAAUGUAACAUCAACAUCAUCAACAUCAUCUUCAUCGUCGCCAUCAUCAUCCAAUAAUAACACAGUAGCAAAACAAAAACCUAAAUUGGCAUUUCCACAGGUUCAUGAAAUCAUUAUUCCAAAUUAUGCCUCAUGGCUAAAUUUAAAAAAAAUUCAUAAAAUUGAGAUAAAGUCUUUACCUGAAUGGUUCACAAAUAGAAUACCAUCUAAAACCCCUGAAAUUUAUGUCAAAUGUAGAAAUUUCAUGAUAAACUCAUAUAGAUUAAACCCAAAUGAAUAUUUCUCUGUCACUGCAGCAAGGAGAAAUCUUUCAGGUGAUGCUGCUGCACUAUUUAGAUUACAUAAAUUUUUAAUGAAAUGGGGGUUGAUCAAUUAUCAAGUAAACCCUGAAUUAUUACCAAAGACUAUAGAACCACCAUUGACUGACCAAAAUUCCGCAAAACAUGAUGCACCAAGAGGUUAUUUCCCAUUUGAGAGUUAUAAACCGUCUGUACAAUUACCUGAUAUGUCUAAGUUGAAAAAAAUGAUGGAUGUAAGUGAUCCAAAGAGCACCCUAUCUAACUAUUUAGCUGAACAGAAAAAAAGAUCGUUACAUAAUGUUGUGAAAAAGGAAGAAGAAACCAAAGAAACUGGGAAUUUAUCAACUAAUUAUACUUCUGAGGAAAUAAAGAGUAUUUCCAAAACAGAGUCUAAGGCUGAUAAUAUUGAAUUACACCCAGCUAAAAGACCUAAGAUCCUUGAUGCUCUAGAUGAAACUGAAGUAGAAUCUAAGGUUAAAUGGGAAGAAGACGAAAUAAUGAGAUUGGUAGAAGGUUUACAAAAAUUCAACACAGACUGGUAUGCAGUAUCCAAAUUUGUAGGCACAAAAACUCCAGAACAUUGUAUAUUACAAUUUUUACAACUGCCUAUUGAAGACAAAUAUCUAUAUCAACAAGCCAGAGAAAAUGGGAUUGGAAUUGGACCACUUAAAUACUCACCACAUUUACCAUUUAGUAAAAAUGAUAACCCAGUACUAUCUACAAUUGCAUAUCUUGUUGGUUUGGUAGACCCGACUAUUGUAAGAAAGUUAACAGACAGAGCAUUGACAGAAUCCUACAAGCUAGCAGAAGAGAAAAAUAAUAAAGAAGUAGAAACAAAUCAUUCACAAAUACCUAAAACUGAAAAUUCAACUUUUAUAAACUCCCCCAAGAGUAAUGAAACCAAUAUACAUAAUAAAGAUGUUCAUUUAAAAGAUAAUCUGAAAGAAGGUUCUGAGUUGGCCUUGGCUGCCUUUGGAUUACGUUCUCGUAUAUUUGCAAGUAAUGAAGAAAGGAAACUAAAUCAAAUUACUAAUAAGCUACUAGAAGUGCAAUCAUCUAAAAUUAAUAUAAAGUUAGAAAAGUUCAAUAAACUUGAAAAAACCUUAGAGAUUGAGAAAAAAAUGCUGCAAAAAAGGCAAGAAGAAUUUCUCAUGGAGAAACUAUCGUUCACUAAAAACGCAUUUUUACUACUAAACAAAUUAGAAUCCACAGCUAAAAAAUUGAAUACAAUGGGAAAUAUGGAUCUACAAGAUGAUAUAGAUAAAUUAAAAGAAAUAAUCAAAAAUCCACUAAGUAUUAGUUUUUGUUCUUCAAAAGAGGGCAAAUUAAUUAGUUCUGAUGCUAAUAAAAGUAUCAAUAAAGAUAAUGAUAAAUCAGCAGAAAUCAAUAAUAAAGUUAAACCUAUUUCAUUAGAUACUCCACAAAUAUAUAGGUAUUGGUCGGGUUAA